GGCCAAAUCGAGGUCCUGGCAGAGCCUAGCAAGCAGUGGGAUGAGGGUGAUGUUGUUUUCCACUCCCAUCUGUUAAUCUGAUUGCAAAACCACCUGAAUCUUAGCAAUGUUUUGCUGCUGUUUUUUCCACGUCCCUGAAGGAAUAUCCUUACCCAGUGCUCCGGCAGCACCUGAAGCAAGAGAGAUACUCACAGGGCAGCAGAGGUGAGAGAUGCACAGCUGCAUGUAUGCAGCAUGUAGACCUGAAGUUCGAUUAAAGGGCGCUUGAUUCCGUGAGCAGGAGGAAAGCAUUCAAGUGCGUAGUAUUUAUCAUGAGUUGCUUCCCUUGUCUUGUUAUAAAGGCAGCGAGAGGAAGAAUUUACUCAGUGAAUGUUGACGUGUUCAGCUUAUGUGUGUUGUGUCACUUGAGAUCCAAGCUGACAGCGACUUGAGAUCUCUUUCAAACGUGGAGUUCUGGUGUGAAAUACUAGUUUUAAUUAAAAUGUCUGUGUUCUCCUAACUGUGUUGGCGUCUCAAGCAUAAAUACAUUCUAAUUCGGGCUCCAGCUUGUGUGUGACAUUAUCUUUCUUUUUUUUUCCCCCCUUACUCCAAAGGGAAGACGCUGCCAAACGUAAAGCGUAUUCCUUGAGCUUGUGAAUUGUUUUGCUGUGGGUGUCACAUCCUGAUCAAGCUCUCGUAUUUAAUUUAAGUAGGCAAGCCUCAGCUGCCUCAUCCUGAGACAUGGUUAGUCAUAGCGUGAGCUGGAAAUCUUAAAACUCUGCAGGGUUUUCCCCUUUCUAAAGUUGAAGUUGUGGCAUGAAAUGCUGUUCGGGUCGCUAAUGGAGCAGUUCUGAUUGACUGCAGGCUGGAAAGCAAUAAAAGGAGUUAUUGCUCCUGCAGUUUUGCAAGUGGGAGACCAAUGGUCAGUCCAAAUCCCUGCUUAACGUUCCUGUCUCGAUUGGAAGUGCUGCACUUCAUUUGCUCUUCAAAAAAGCUGUAUGCUUUUCUUCCUAUUAUCACAAAUAGUGGAUAAAGAUGCUUAGUACUGUCGGUAGGUGCAAACCUAAACGAACGAGUAGGUAUCUAGUAUUGCCUUAAUGGCUUAAUUUGCACCCCUCCUCAUUCGGACUGAUGUUCUUUAAUAUUUUGCUGGCAGAAAAUGAACCCAGCAGAAUGUGAACAAGUGGUUCUGGGACUCGGAGCGAGAUGUGAGUUGAGUAAAUACAAGUCUGAUGUGUUUGGGAGUUUGAAAGCAAUUUGUUUGUUUUCACACACCCAAACCUGGUUCAAGGAUGUGUAAAGUUCAAGUAGCGUGUGUGUCUCUCAUAGAAAUAUAAUGAAAUGAAUUAACUUGCUGACGGUUUGAGAGUGAAUAGAUCUAGUGACCUAAUUCUACUGGAACAGCUGCAGGACAUAUGUUCUAGUUUGUUACAUUCAGUAGUGGCUGGGAGUGACUGCCCAUCAAUGCAACAGUGUUGUCAAUUACUAUCUUAAUUUAUUGCAGGAGUGGAAGUGCAGCCCAUGUUGGGAUUGUGUAAAGAGGAGCAUCGGGCUCUUAGCAGUGGCUGGUUUUCCCAGUGUUUUCUUGUUUAAUGCAACUCGUUCCUGAACUUGCAGUGUUUUUCUAGAGAACAAGAAUACACUUGUUUAAACAAAUGCCUUGUUCAUCUCUGUUUCUCGAACAGCAGUGAUCAGGUAUUGACCAAAAAUAUCUGUGUGCAGUUUCCAAAGCAGUGAAGAAUUCAUCAGCAAAUGUCUUUACGGGCUGCUGUGGUUUUCCCCAGAGGAGAAGCAGCAAUAUCUAAUAUUUGAAGAGAGGCAAUAAGGCAAGCUCUGAAGCAGAGUGGAAGUUAAUCAUAGGAACCGUGCAGUGAUUUUGUUUUGCAGAGAAGCAGCUUGCCAAGGGUUGUGAUGCUGGGUGUGGAACAGUCUCUGCACGGCCCAGUUUGGAGCAGACUGAUAAGGCUCCUUGUUUCUUAGCAACCGCGGUCUGCCAAAGCCAGGAACCUGCCCUUCUGCAGCUGGAGGGAAAAUUCUGAAUGUCUCGAAUCUGUGUCUUGAACCGAGACUUCUGUCUUUCCCGGGCAUGGAGGUGCCAUACGUCCUUCUGUUAACCAGGCUCGUAGCAGAAGUUGCCAGCAAAUCUACUGAGAGUUCGGUUUCAGAAACAGAAUGUUGUGUGGAUAUGUUGGAGUCAAACAGUUCCUGUCCAGUAGCCAACCAGUGCAGCCCAGGUUGUUACAGACGAUGGAACGAGGAUGGGAGUAGCAGCUGCAUUAAGUGCAAAAAUGAAACUCUUCCUGUUGCUUCUGUUUACAAUCUGACUGAUUGCAGAAACACUGGAUUCAGAGGGAUGAAUUUCCAGAUGAAUAUAAGCACUGUAACUCCUUUCAUACAGAACAUAGGGGGUCCAGAAGUGGCAGCUUCUCUCAUCUUAGGGACGUUUUUCAUCAGCUUAUUCCUGAUUCUGUCCGUCGCUUCUUUCUUCUACCUCAAACGUGCCAAUAAACUUCCUAAUGUUUUCUACAGAAGGAACAAAGCAUCUGUUCUCCAGCCUAGUGAAACAGCAUCCAUGAUACCUCCCCCAGCUACUUCAGUUCGGAAGCCGCGAUAUGUCAGACGAGAACGAUCACUAGUGACAUCUGCCUCUGCGGCUAUGAUAUCAUCUUCUGAAACCAGGGUCAGCAACGUGUAGCCUUCAUUCCUGACUGAGGUCUCUGUAGCUGUAUGCAGCGUGGAAGAAACUUUUUAUGUCUCCACGGGAAGUGCCAGGCAACGAGCAGCUGACUUAAAUGGCAGCCAAAUGACUGUGUCAAAGAGUUAGUGCCAAAUGUUAACAGAGAACUGAACUCGCGCAAAGAUGAUGAUGGCAGGCUUCAUCCAGUUCUGUGAACUGCUUUGGUGAUCUCGAAAUGCACUAUUCCAGCUCUGUGGUUUCCUUUGUUUUCUGCAGAGGCCACGUUUAAUCUUGAAAGAAUCUGUCUUUCUUUGGUACACUUUCAGUUUUGGCGAGUUCUUCCUGUGUCGUGGAGUGUUCCGUGUCCUCAGAGUGGAAAGUAAGUCUCAUUGCUGUGUGCCAACACAAAAGACUGAGGGAAACCAAGGAUACGGAGUUGUGUGAAGGACCCGUUUGUAACAGCAAACACUAAGUGCCACUGCUUUAUUGUUAUAGGACAAUGUAACUACUUAAAUUGUAAUAUUUAAAAAGAAACACAGAAACACCUCCUCAAACAUCCUCUUCAGCUUCUGAUGUAGCUGACCCUAGUUUUUGAUUCUAAUUACAGAUCCAUCAUUCAGAAAGCUGGCUGCUAGGGGUCGGAUCCCAACAGAUUCAUUUGCUUUGGAUGCUUUUCAGCUCGCUUCUGCUCAGGCCUUGAAUGAAGAACCAUUUGCUUUGGCUUUGUGGUUGAUAUGCUGUUACAUCUGUCCUGCUCCUUCUACGCAGCAGGUAAAAGGAAACUGAAUUUUCUGCAGGGUCUCUGUGCAUCUGUUAGGUGUGUGAGUGAGUGUUGAGAUGAACUGGAGAGGUCAGGUGAAUGUCCAUUGAUGCGAUAAAAGGUUUCUUUUGUCAAGCCUCUUAUGAAUGUGCAGGCCAGCACCCUAGGGCAGAGUCCUCGCUAAAAGAACCAGCCCAAGAAGCCCGUGGGCUCAGGUGCACCCUCUUGCCCAUCUAAUGCCAGCCAAGUAGUGGCCGUGGAAAUGGAAGUAGCUUUAAAAUCUUGGCUAGUCUAGGCUACCUGUCAUCAAAUCGGCUCCUGGCAUGGCUGACUGUUGCCAUGUGAACGUUUAAAUUGGCACGAUGGUCCGGGAGUGAGAGUGGGUGACAGGGAGAUGACUGGAAAACUUGAGGUUGCUAAAUUGGUCAAAGCGUCACUGUCACCAUAUGUGAAAUUAUUUCUGAGCAGCUUGUGGGUUCCCACCUACCUGUGUGUGUUGCUAUUGCCUGGCUUAGUUUAGCCGGAGCUCAGUUACGGGUCUGCACUCCUAAAAUAAAUUACUUUGAAGUUCUUUAUCAUCAGCCACUGCCAUGAACAUAAUGGUUGGGAAGUGGAACAGUCAGUUCUCUUUAGAAAAUGGGAAUGUAAGUGUCAUAAGCUGAUGCUGUACCCAUAUGGAGAGUGUGGACCUUUGUAUCUGUAUUCAUGUUCUCUGAGGUUAAAAGCUUACUCAAAGUGAUAGGAAUGAGAGCUGGGCCGAGCAGGGAUAUCUAGCAAAACAGGCUGCUUUUUAUACAAAUGGUGGUUGUGGGUUGUUCCUGCCCUCAGUUACUGAGUAUUUUCUUAACCUUUUGAGGAAAAAGAGUAACUAUGCAACUAACGUAAUGCUGAGAAACAGCAUCUCGCGUAAGCAGGGAGUUUCUGCGUGCAAGUCUGUUCAGUGAUAAUGCAUCCAUGUAUUGCUUAGCUGCAAGAUGUGUUCUUUCUGCACAGGAAUUACUGAGGGAUUGUCUGUAUUGUAGUAUUGUUUUAUCCUCAUUGUGACUUUGGUUGCUUCUAACCUCAGUGUCAUCCUCAGCCGUGGUGUCUCUUCUCCUUUGUGUGCUGAUCCCCCCCAUCACGCUCUUUAAGUGCUGUGAAUGUGUUCCUGUCUUUAUUUCUUUUCCAGGAUCUAUGCAGCUUUUGUUUUCUCCCUUUGUCACAGCAGACUUCUGCUCUAAAUGGUCCUUUAUUCAUUGCACUGUCAGCGGAAGCAUAGAAUGAGUGUUGUUUUCAGUCUCCCUCCUCCAUGAUUCCAGAUGUAAUAUAUGAAAUUGGCUUUAACAAAUUGUGAUAUUUAAUGUGUUUGUGUAUUUUUUUUAACUGUGCCAAAAUAAACAUCUCUGAGCUUUU